AUGGGCCCGCCGAGUUGCUUUUAUACUGUUAGAAUCAAGGUGUAUUUAAAUAAUAACAAAAGCAAUAAUAACGUCAAUUUACUUAAUAAGUUAAGGAUUUACUUCUUAUAUAUACUAGGUUAUAUAGAUUUAGUAGCUAAAUCUCUAAUAUAG